AUGGGUCGGCCCAAACUCUAUAACACUCCAAAAGAAUGUCAAGAGGCCAAGCAGAUGCACCAACGGACACACUAUGCAAGGAACAAAGCUGCAAUCAGCACGAGACUCAAAGUGAAGUAUCAGGAAAACCAAGAAGCACAAGCUGCCCCAGUCUCCCCCUCAAAAAAAGUUAAUGGUGAUAUCAACCAUCAUAUGAUCGAUCUUUAUGACAAUCAGGGCUCACAGCAUGUUCACCGCCACCAGAAAACAAAGUCCGUCAACAAAAGGGAUUUCUUAUCAAGGUACUUAGAUGGAUCACCUGCACAGGUGAUAGAUGCUCUAGUAUGCAACCACCUCGAGACUGGUGACUUAGAUGAGCUUCGAGGGACACUAUCUGCGUUAGAGGUGAUUGUCAAGGAGUUGCACGAUACAGAACAGCAUAUAUUAGGACGUGAGGGCAUGAGCCCAAAAUUUCUUAAGGCAUCUGAUGCAUCCAAGGAGGCAAAGGAAGUGAUUCAUGCUGUGGAAGAUGUUUUUUGUUGCACAUUGGUGUCGGGGAUGGAUCUUCACCAGCAAUAUGCAGACACAAAAUUUAUAUUCCAGAUGCUCUGGGACACUAAGUAG